AAUGAACUAUUUAACAUGCCGUUCUUAGUGUGGGACCAGUUAUCUCCACCAUCCCUGUCAGGACAGGGACAACUCAAGAUCAUGACAGCAGCCAAGAUGCUACUUGAAUGGGUAAUUCCAUGGCUCACCCUCUUCCUCGGACCAGCCGCAGUCAGCACUGUCAUGGUUCAGACGGUUGCCAGAAUGCCAGUAAUUGAAGAGGUGAGACCCGCUCACAAUGACCAGAUCUGCAGUACGUGGGGAAACUAUCACUUCAAGACUUUCGAUGGAGAUUUCUUCCAACUUCCCUCUACUUGCAACUACAUCCUUGCUUCCCAGUGUAAGGGAAGCUAUGAUAGUUUCAAUAUUCAGCUCCAACGGCAGGAGAGGAAUGGAGCCAUAACCAUUAAAAAGGUCACAAUGAAACUGGAGGGGGCCGUUGUGGAAUUAGCCAAGACUUCCAUCAAAGUCAAUGAUGAAGAAGUCACCAUACCAUUCAGCCAGGUCGGCAUUUCCAUUGCAAGAGUCAUCUCCUAUGUUAAAAUUGAGGCAAAGCUUGGUUUGGUUGUCAUGUGGAAUGAAAAAGACUCUCUCUGGGUUGAGCUGGAUAAAAAAUUCAAGAAUCAGACUUGUGGCCUGUGUGGUGACUACGAUGGAGUUCAGGUUUUAAACGAGUUCAUCGUAUCAGGAGAAUCUGUCCCUCUUGACAUUUAUGGGCAGUCCUGGAAAGCCGAUGGUCCCAUUGAAGAGUGUGAAAUAACAUCCUCUCCCGCCAUCCACACUUGUAACGAUCAAAAAAACAUCUGUGAAGACCUGCUGAGAGGACCUGCAUUCCUUAACUGUCAAGAGCUGAUCGAUACUGACUCCUUCAUCGAAGCCUGUGUGAAGGACCUGUGCCGCUGUAACAGCAGCUCUUCAUGCUUGUGUUCGACCACAUCAGAGUAUUCUCGCCAGUGCGCUCACGCAGGCGGGGUACCACAGCAAUGGAAGACACCCCAACUGUGUGCAAAAACAUGCCCUUUUAACAUGGAGUACAAGGAAUGCGGUAGUCCCUGUACUGACACCUGCAGCAACUCCCAGAGGAGCCAUGUGUGUGAGGAUCACUGCUUAGAUGGAUGUUUUUGUCCAACAGGGACGGUCUUUGAUGACAUUACACAGAGGGGGUGUGUUUCUGCUGACACAUGCUCUUGCUUACACAAUGGAAAGCCAUACAAACCAGGACACUCAUACUCAAGCACAUGUCAAAAUUGCACCUGCGCGCAGGCUCAGUGGCGCUGUGAGAAUGUAGAUUGCGAAGGUAUCUGCUCCGUGCUGGGCGGCAGCCACAUCUCCACCUAUGACGACAAAAUGUAUUCUUUCCAUGGGGAGUGCUCCUAUAUUCUCUCAGGGGACAUUGAUGGAGCUUUCAGCGUCAUUGGUGACCUGGCCAAAUGUAAAAGCUCUGAAAAAUCAACUUGCCUGGGUGCAGUCAGCCUACAACUGCCUAAAAACAUGAUGAUUGUAGUUGAAGCCAAUGGAGAUGUUCUGUACAACAAAGUGAGGACUCAGUUGCCUCUGAUCACAGAUGACUUAAAAGCCUUUAGCCCAUCGACAUUCUUCAUUGUAAUCCAGACCAACUUUGGGCUUCGUCUGGAGAUUCAGCUUUCGCCCAUUAUGCAGGUCUACAUCAAAGCCAGUGUUUCCAAUAAGGGAAAACUCAGGGGACUUUGCGGAGAUUUUAAUGAUGAGCAACGGAACGACUUCAUGACCCCGAAUGGACUGAUUGAGGGAACUGCUGGGACAUUUGUCAACACGUGGAAGACCAAAACAAGCUGUUCCGAUGUGACAAACAUACUUGGGGACCCAUGCCUUUUGAGCAUUGACAAAGAGAAAUAUGCCAAAGACUGGUGCGCCUUCCUGUCAGACCCAAAAGAAAUUUUUGCAAAGUGCCAUUCUGUAAUAAACCCAGAUGACUAUCAAACUUCUUGUGUUUAUGACACCUGCGCCUGUGAGAACAGUGAGGAAUGCAUGUGUGCUGCCAUAUCCUCUUAUGUCCACGCGUGUGCUGCUGAAGGCGUCUUAUUGAAUGGAUGGAGGGAGACUGUAUGCCAGAAGUACAUGACCGACUGCCCCUCCACUUUUGUGUAUGGCUACCAAAUGACAAGCUGUGGUCGCACCUGCCGCUCUCUUAGUCAGUCAGACUCCACUUGUGAGGUUGAAUUUACCCAGCUCGAUGGCUGCGGCUGUGCGGAAGGAACUUACCUCAAUGAGAAUGGACAGUGUGUGUCAGAGUCACAGUGCUCCUGCCAAGUGGAAAACCAGCUGGUACACUCCGGGCACAUCUUCAAAGUCCAUGGUCUAACUUGCUUAUGCCAUAGUGGACAACUAAAAUGUACAGGAACUGAAAUAACUGAAUCAUGCACCGAGCCAAUGACUUUCUUCAACUGCUCAAGCGUGAAGCCGGGUGAAAAGGGGUCCGAGUGCCAAAAAAGCUGCCAAACAUUGGACACCGAAUGUGUCAGUACUCAGUGUAUGUCCGGCUGCAUGUGUCCUGCUGGCCUGCUGUCUGAUGGUGAAGGAGGCUGUAUUAAGGAGGAGGACUGUCCCUGCACAUAUAAUGGCGAUUCAUAUGAGUCUGGAAAGACUGUCCUUGUGGACUGCAAUACUUGCACCUGCAAAAGCAGUAAAUGGGAAUGCACAGAUCGUGAUUGUGAUGGAACCUGCAUCAUAUAUGGAGAAGGGCAUUACAUCACCUUUGAUGAAAAGAAAUUCUCCUUUAAUGGGGACUGCGGCUAUGUCUUCACCCAGGAUUAUUGUGAGGACGAUAUGAAGGGUACCUUUCGGAUCCUGACUGAGAGCAUCCCAUGCGGAACAACUGAGAGCAUCUGUUCUACGGCUAUCAAACUUUACCUAGGGAAUAAGGAAAUUAUUCUUUCAGAGGAAAAUGUCAGAGUUAUCAAACAAAACCAAGGCGUGGACAUACCCUUUAAAGUCCACAGUAUGGGCAUAUACCUUGUCAUUGAGGCAAAGAAUGGUCUUGUUCUCAUUUGGAAUAAGAAGACCACACUUAGAAUCAAGCUCAGGCCCACAUUCAAGGGAAAAAUAUGUGGUCUUUGUGGGAAUUACGAUGGGAAUAUCAAGAACGAUUUUACCACCAGAAACAAAGAGGUUGUUGUUGAAGCCUUUGACUUCGGAAACAGCUGGAAAGUGUCACCUACCUGCCCUAAUGCUGGCAAACACACGAGCCCUUGCACUCUGUACUCACACAGGCAAGCAUGGGCAUUAAAACACUGCAGCAUCAUCAAGAGUCCAGUAUUUGCUGGUUGCCAUUCUAAGGUGCCUCCACACAACUAUUAUGAUGCUUGUGUGAGUGACACUUGUUCCUGCAACACCGGAGGAGAUUGUGAAUGUUUCUGCUCGGCUGUAGCAGCGUACGCCGCAGCCUGUAAUGAGGCCGGAGCCUGCAUAAAAUGGAGAACUCCCACGAUCUGCCCUCUGUUCUGUGAUUUUUACAACCCUGAUGGAGAGUGUGAAUGGCACUACCAGCCUUGUGGAAAACCAUGUAUGAAGACAUGCAAGAAUCCCUCGGCAGCAUGCUACAACAACAUUCCAGCUCUAGAGGGCUGCUAUCCAAAGUGCCCACCUGAAAGGCCCUAUUUGGAAGAAGAUACAAUGCAGUGUGUGUCACAGGAGAAAUGUGGUUGCUAUGACGAUGAAGGGAAGCAUUAUGAAGAAGGGGAAAUCAUGCCUCCAAUUAGGCCUUCAGAAAACUGUUACAACUGUCAUUGUUCUGGAACAGAGAAAAAUUGUACCUAUGACAUCCAAGCUUGCUAUUGUUUAUACAGAGGAAAACUGUUCGACCACGGAGAUACAAUCUAUGCAACACAUGAUGGCAAUGGAGCAUGUAUAACUGCUAUUUGUGAUAAAGGAGAGAUUAUAAGAAUAAUAGAGACUUGCCCUACAACUACACCCCCUACAACUACACCCCCCCCAACAACAACAAGCUUCAUUUUUGAUUACACCACC